UGCUCAUCCUCCCGCCGCCUGCCGCUGUCACUCCGGCCCCCUUAAGUAGUUGGGGUUCCCGAGCGCUCACACCCAGCGGCAGCGAUGCAAACCAGCAGGGCUCCGGCCAUCAGCGUCAGCGCGGAGAGCUGCAUCCCGGCUGGGCUGCGCCUGGGUCCUGUGCCGGGCACCUUCAAACUGGGCAAGUACCUGUCAGACCGCAAGGAGCCAGGACCCAAAAAAAAGGUGCGGAUGGUCAGAGGGGAAUUAGUGGAUGAAGCCGGGAGCUCAGCUCUGGAGUGGAUAGGGUUAAUCCGAGCUGCCCGAAACUCCCAAGAGCAGACACUGGAGGCUGUUGCAGAUCUACCAGGAGGACAGAUUUUCUACCGGGCGCUGCGAGAUGUCCAGCCGGGAGAGGAGCUCACCGUCUGGUACUCCAACCCUCUGGCGCAGUGGUUUGACAUCCCCGUCACGGCCACGCCGACGCACGACGAGAAAGGGGAGGAGCGGUACAUCUGCUGGUACUGCUGGAGGACCUUCAAGUACCCCAACAGCCUCAAGGCCCACGUCCACUUCCACUGCGCUCUGAGCCACGGCCGGCCCUUCCUCCAUCACGACCACGGCCGGCCCGCUGCCACUGCCUUCGGCCUGCCCCCCAAGGAGCUGCCGGCCGGCUCUCUGCGCGGCCACCCGCCGCCCGGCUGCGGCCCUCGGGAGGCCGUCAAGCGGGAGGCCGUCGCCGCCUCCCCGCCGCUCGCCAAGCCGGCGCUGCCCAAGCGGGUGGCGGGCAAGGAGGAGCAGGAGCGCGCCCUGGACAUGAGCGUGGGGGCCGCCCGCGGGCCGGGGCCGCUGCUGGGGCCGGCGGGAGGCAACGGGCUGGCGCUGUGCCCCGGGGCGCGCUCGGCCUUUCGCCCCGCCGGGUCGCUGCGGGAAGAGGCGCGGGGCACCGCCGCCCUCGGCUUCUCCAAACUGCUGGGGGGACUGAAGGCGGGACGCGCCGCCGCCGAGGCGCCGCCUAAGUGCGGAGCGCUGCCGGGUGAGGCCGCCCCGCAGGCGGCGGCGGCGGGGCUGGCUUGCGGCGGCGGGCUGCGCGCCUUCCCGCUGCUGUCUCCGCUGGAGGAGGCCUCGGCCUUCCGGCAGGUGGAGCGGGGGCUGCCCGCGGCCGCGCUGCCGCCCGCCCGCUACCCGCCGCUGCCCGGUGGGGCUCUGGAGCGCUUCGCGCUGCCGCCCUUCGAGGGGCUGAAGGCGUACGCGGGGGAGUGCGGGCUGCCGGUGAUGCCGCUCACCGUCUACAACGGGGAGCUGCUCUACGGGGCCGCGCCCUACUACCCGCUGAAGCUGCACCUCGGCGGCCUCCUCAAGUAUCCCGAGUCGGUGUCGUACUUCGCGGGGCCGGCGGCAGGUCUGCACGCCGCAGAUCUUGGCUCGCUGGCCAGCAUCGACCGGGAGAUCGCCAUGCACACGCAGCAGCUCUCCGAGCUGGCGGCCGAGAAAGGCCGAGGGAGGCUGGAGGCGCUGCCGGCGGGGGCGGCAGGGGCGGCCGGAGGGAAACCCAAGACUGGGCACCUGUGCCUGUACUGCGGGAAGCUGUACUCCCGCAAGUACGGGCUGAAGAUCCACAUGCGGACUCACACCGGCUACAAGCCGCUCAAGUGCAAGGUCUGCCUGCGGCCCUUCGGGGACCCCAGCAAUCUCAACAAACACAUCCGCCUGCACGCCGAGGGCAACACGCCCUACCGCUGCGAGUACUGCGGCAAGGUGCUGGUGCGGCGCCGCGACCUGGAGCGGCACGUGAAAUCCCGGCACCCGGGGCAGAGCCUCGGCAAGGCGGCCGAGGACAAGAGUGACUCUGGCUACGCGCAGCCCGAGCAGGAGCAAAAGACUGACAACGAGAGCGAUGUGGACGUCUGCUUCACCGACGACCAGAGCGACCCGGAGAGCGGCAGCCGGCACCGCGAGCAGUGAUGCGGGAGGCGGCCGG